GAGCAAAUGAUGUCCAAACUUCGCCCGGGAGAAACUCUCUCGUACCGACUGAUACGAAUACCGAUCCAAUCCAUUAGCGUCCGCAGAGGAAUUACCAAUGAUGUUGCGCGAGAGCGACUGACUGACUCGUUCGAGUCACGACAACAUGCGCAUGUGAUAUACGAGUCCGACAAUCGUACGCCUUCGAACACCACUCGAACAUCAGUAUUUUACAUACGACCUAUCGCAAAAGAUUUGACAUCGUGGAACCUGGCCCUCGGCUGUCCUACAGAGGUCGACGUCUCCUCAUACAAAGGACAAACAACAGAUAUCAAAAUGGCGAAGAACAAGAUCACGCUCUACCUCGACGUAGUCAGCCCGUUCGCGUAUAUUGCAUUUCACGUCCUGAGGACUUCACCGACAUUCGCGCAAUGCGAGAUUAAGUAUGUGCCAAUGUUCCUGGGCGGCAUUAUGCAGGCAACUGGUAACACGCCGCCAGUUUCAAUCAAGAACAAAGGUGAAUAUACCUCGAGAGAGCGCGAGCGAUGGCAGAAGUACUUCAACGUACCCAUGAGCUCAACGAUGCCUUCUCCUUUUCCACAAGUGACCAUCGUUCCCGAUCGGGCGCUCUGUUACGUAGAAAGCAAACAUCCUGAGAAGUUGCAGGAUGCCAUCCAAGCGCUCUACAAGGCCUUCUGGGUUGAGACCAAGACUAUCAGUGACCCAAAGGUCGUCGCCGGGGCCUUGGAAUCGGCGCUCGGCAAAGCUUUGGCUGAGGAAAUCAUGGCUGCGGUGGGCAGCGAGCCGGUCAAGGCUGCUCUGAAGGAGAAUACCGAUAAAGCGUUCAAGGAUGGAUGCUUCGGAAUUCCCUUCUUUGUCGCGACCAACACCAAAGGCGAGACGGACACCUUCUGGGGCGUAGAUCACAUUGGUGUGCUGUGUGAUCAUCUUGGCCUCGAAGUCAAGAGAAAAGAGGGGGGGUUUCAGGCGUUGCUUUAAGCGUGAUCGGCUCGUAUGUAGCUUUUGAAACAGCAGUCCUGAUAAUGCAUAUUCCCAUAAGCCAGUGACGAG